AUGUACUCUACACUUCCUAUUCUUCAUCAACCCAACGUUAUCCAUAUUGGAUAUCAUAUUCACGAUAAAGUGGCCGCUGAUCUCUAUCAGACAGUGACUGCAUCAACUUUUGUACUUAUAACCGAUACUCGCCUUUUGCCAUUGAUCAAUCCUCUUCUGAACAGUCUUCAAUCAAAAUGCCCAGGGCGCUUUUUGGUUAGAGUAAUCCCUCCUGGUGAAGGGAGUAAGAGCAGGGCAACCAAGGCCAAUAUUGAGGACUUUUUGCUGAAAAACUCAUGCACAAGAGACACAUGCUUAGUUGCUGUGGGAGGUGGUGUCGUAGGAGAUCUUGUGGGAUAUGUUGCAGCUACUUUCAUGCGCGGUAUUCCCUUUGUACAAGUUCCUACAACGCUUUUGGCCAUGGUGGAUUCCAGUCUUGGAGGAAAGACAGCUAUUGACACGCCUGCAGGGAAAAAUCUUGUUGGCGCAUUUUGGCAGCCCAAGCGUGUCUAUAUGGAUCUUGGAAUGCUGAUGACGCUUCCGUCGCGUGAGUUCAGAAACGGUAUGGCAGAAGUUAUAAAGACGGCUGCUAUUUCGAGUGAGGCUGAUUUCAAAGUACUCGAAGAUGGUGCGACCGAUAUGGAAGCCUCUCUUCACACCACUCAAAAGUUGCUGGAGGUUAUUCUGGCAUCGGCUCGGUUCAAAGCAGACGUGGUUACCGAAGACGAACGGGAGGGAGGAUUGCGGGGUCUUUUAAACUUUGGUCAUACAAUCGGACAUGCGUUUGAAAAGAUUCUCUCCCCAGACUGGCUACAUGGCGAAUGUGUCUCAGUGGGUUUGGUCGCAGAAGCCGAAGUGAGUCAUCUUCUCGGCCAUUGCGAUUAUGCAGUUGUAGAACGUCUUAAGCGUGUCUUGGUAGCCUACGGUCUUCCUAUUGAUUUCGAUGCAGCCACAAAAGCACGACUUGGUCUAGAUGAUGUUAUGCAAGUUAUGCGAGUUGACAAGAAAAACCAGGGUUCUCAGAAGAAACUAGUGAUUCUUUCUUCUAUUGGCACCACUCUUGAACCCAAGGCCAGUGCUGUUGCAGAUGAUGCAAUCGAGAACAUUGUC